AUGGGGGUUUGCCAUUCUAAAAAAACAUAAUAAUAAACUCACUUACCAUAAGACCUUACUAUCAGCAAAUAAUAAUCUCUCCUUCCAAUUAUUAGUAAACUAGACGACAUUGUGAUAAUAGAAAAAACACCAGAAAACGAUUCAUAAUAAAGUGAAGUCGAUUUGCUCGCAACGGAUGAGCUUCUAAAUAACCCAAAACAAGACGCUAUUGACUAAUUACAUAGAGAACAAGUUAAAAGACACGUUAAUGCUCAACAGCAUCAUUAGGACAAAUUGAAACGAUAUGUAGUUGUUUUUGAUAAAUUGUACAAAUAAGAAAGAAAAGUUCCCAUCUUGAUUUCUCUUAAAGAAAGUACCCUCUUAAGGAGAAGAAGAUCAGGUCCUUGUUCUUGA